UAGUGGCGCGGCAUCGUACCCGCCGCUACCGACGUUCCUGUCCGCUCCGGUCCUGUUCUCGUCUCCUGAUCUAGAGGUUUAGCGAUUCCUCGUCCAAGGCUUGUUGAGGAUGGUGAGGGUCAGUGUGUUGAAUGAUGCUCUCAAGAGCAUGUACAAUGCUGAGAAGCGUGGAAAGAGGCAGGUCAUGAUUAGACCGUCUUCGAAAGUGAUAAUUAAGUUUCUUCUUGUCAUGCAGAAGCAUGGUUAUAUUGGUGAAUUUGAAUACGUAGAUGAUCACAGAGCUGGGAAGAUAGUGGUCGAGUUGAAUGGAAGAUUGAACAAAUGCGGCGUCAUCAGCCCUCGCUUCGAUGUGGGUGUCAAAGAAAUUGAACCCUGGACUGCUAGGCUUCUCCCAUCACGUCAGUUUGGUUACAUUGUGCUGACUACAUCUGCUGGCAUCAUGGACCAUGAGGAAGCUAGGAGAAAGAAUGUUGGUGGUAAAGUGCUUGGCUUUUUUUACUGAGUGUGGAACUCUUGACGAUGGACACUGAAAGAAGGCAAUGCCAUUUUUUCACAAGGAACUUUUCAAGGAACAUUAAUAUAUAUAUAUAUAUAUAUAUAUUGUUUUUUGUCUUGGUUGAAUUUUGAUAUGAACUUGUUUGCUUUCUGCUUCUACUAGCUCGAAAUCCGUCUGCAAAAUCUGUAUUUGAUAUCGUGUUGAA